AUGGCUCCCUCAGCAGUGUACUUCUCGCCACCAGCCCAGACACAGUCCUAUGAGAAACCUGCACUGGCCGCGGCCGUCCCUGCGAAGGGCCCCGCACUCGCCAUCGGAUCCCCCGCGACGGCCCAGGACGGCAGGUAUCAGUCGCUGAUCACCUCGCUCGAGCAGUCCCGGACGGUCGAGAGACACAUGGUCGACAGAUUGUUGGACGGAGCCACCGCCCUCCCGCCCUCCUCGUUUGCGUCCGUUCACGUCUCUCUUUCUCCCGUCGAGUACAAUGCGCUCGCCCCCCGGCUAUCGCAGCUCCUUGCACAGCUACUCGCAGGCCUGGAAGCCCUGGGAACGCUUCACAUCCUAAACCUGGACUCCGCGCUCCCCAAUCUCCCCUCCGAGCUCACCCUCUCCGGCUUCGUCGUGCUCAGCGCAAACCAGGAAGGCGCCCUGAUCGCGCAGAAGCCCGCACACUCGGCGGCGCCCUCCGUCUCCCUCAAAACCGCCCCGUCUGCGGCGCUCCCGCUCCGCAAGAAGGCGGAUCCGGACCGCAAGGCGUCAAAGAAGGCCCUGUGGUCCCUGAACGCGCCCUCGACCCCCACCAUCGACGCGGAGAGCCUCCUGACGGCAGCUGACCGCGAGCGGCCAGCGGUGUGCGAGCCCGCGGUGCGCGGGGCUGCCCGGCGGAAGAAGGCGUGCAAGAACUGCACGUGCGGACUGGCUGAGCUCGAGGCGGAGGAGCUCGCGCAGAGCAAUGUUGUGCUGCUCGACGGUGCACCCGAUGGGCAGGCGAAGGAGGUCACGCAGGCCGAGAAGGACCGUCUCAUGGCUGCUGCGUCUGCUGCGCCAAAGGUAACGAGCAGCUGUGGGAACUGCUACCUGGGCGAUGCGUUCAGGUGUUCAGGUUGCCCCUUCAGAGGACUUCCCGCGUUCAAGCCAGGCGAGAAGGUCGAGAUCGACUUCGGGAUGGACGAUAUCUAAUCUAUUAUACCCACCGCCCCGAGGCGAACGCGGACCGUUACCGUCCAUCGGCUGCCCUAUUGUUGUCAUUCCUACGCAUAGAAGGUUGCGUUGUAGCAUCUCUGUAUCCAACGAUGUAAAAAGCGUCUACAAUCUAACCUACUUCUCGCGAUGAGUAUCGCAUCGUUUACUUCUUGAAACAUCCUUGCACUCUGUACGCUUCCGUUCCUACCUAUGUCAAUUUUCA